GUUUCGUUCACGUUACAGAUUAAUUAUUAGCUUUGUAACACGUACCUAGAUAAUUCCAAAGAGAAUGAAAAGGGCUUCCAAUUCCUACUUAGAUUUGUUGGCAGUGGCGCUGCUUUUACCAGGAAAAAGUAAUAAACUCCAGCUGCAUUUCGAUGAAGCUCCCCACAGCAUCUUAUCCAAUCGCCGUGUCCCUUUACCUCCGCCUAAGACAAUGCUCCUGGACUGGCGCUUAGACCUAGCCAUGGCUCUACGUUAUGUAAAUCCGCUUAGAUGACAUUCCUUUUACUACUACUACUUCACCGGAGUUUCCUAACCUAAAAUCCUUGCCAAUGGCGGACCUCACAAUCCGUAACCUCACAGCCACUCCGCUAGAGCUCAAGCUCGUGGAGCGGUUCGAAGGACAGUCUGUGUCCGGCCGCUCGACUCCUCUUGGUAGGAUCACUGGCAUUUUCAACUCGACGUCUCUUUCACCCAACGUCCGCAUCCAGGGCGAUGCUCGAGACCGUCGUGAUGUUUCUUUCCCCAUCGGGCCCUUCGAGACCCGCACAACGGACAUUCGCACGGCUGACCCCGGCCGGGAGGUCAUCCGCUUGACCUUCGAGUCAGAUGGACACCGGUACCAGGUAGAUGUGCCGAGUGCUUCGCAGCGCAGUACUGUCAUGACGAAGUUGAACGAUGCUCCUAACGAGUACACGACUAUCUACGUCCAGGCUGGUAGUUGUUUAGCGGUCUUUAGUUCAACUAAUCUCUCAAGUUGGAUGCAUGAGUUGCACGACGAGUAUCCUCUCUCGGCAUUAUCCAUCCCAGGCACGCACAAUAGCCCGACUUGUCAUGUCGCGCUACCUUCGGUACGCUGCCAAGCAGUCAACGUGCGUGAGCAAUUGGAUAAUGGCGUGCGGUUCUUCGACAUCCGCGUAAACGUGGGUUCCGAAUCCUCAGAGCUCGCGCUCGUACAUAGCGCGUUUCCAAUAUCACUCACGGGGACUAAGUACUUCAAAGACAUGCUUGAAGUUAUUUACUCAUUCUUGGAGGCUAAUCCAUCUGAAACACUUAUCAUGAGUGUGAAGCGCGAGGGUACCGGCAGGGGCACUGAUCAGCAGUUAUCUAAGAUCUUGAAGGCGCGUUACUACGAGGACGGAAGACGGUGGUAUACCGAGCCACGGAUUCCUAAAAUUGGUGAGGUGCGAGGGAAAAUUGUGCUUCUUCGCCGACACGAAAACGACCCGAGCCUAGAUGGUGAAUGGGGCGGUCGAGGAUGGGGACUUGACGCCAGCGUCUGGCCGGACAAUUGUGAGGAUGGACUAAUUGGAAGCGGGCUUGGCCGUGUACAAGACUUUUACGACAUUGACCAGAGCCAUAACAUCCAAAAGAAGCUUGAUCUGGCCCGCGGUCACCUUGAACGGGCGGCUGAACCUGCGUGUCCCAUUCCUGGCGUCGAAGGUUAUAAAGAAGGUGUGGCAUCGCCGCCGUUCUUCGUGAAUUUCUUGAGUGCUAGCAAUUUCUUCAACGCCAACUGCUGGCCGGAGAAGAUCGCGGCCAAGGCGAAUCCGGCCAUUAUCGAGUAUCUCUGCUUACGACACGGUGAAGAUGGUAAGGGACCAGCAGGUCUAAAGGUAGGGGAUGGGAGUACUGGUAUAGUAGUUACAGAUUGGGUUGGUCUAGAUGGUGAUUGGGAUCUCAUCAGAUGUGUGGUGGGCUGGAACGCAAGACUGCAAUUGAAGCAGUAGUCUUGGACUCAUCUUGGAAAACUAGGUUAGUGAGUAUAUAAUAUAUUAUACUAUUCAUAGAUAUCAAUAGAGAUUAGACUUGACAUCAA